AUGCUUCGAAAUAAACGUUUGACGUGUGUGAGGCCUGUGUGACGUGUUUUCUUUCCUUUUUUGGCCAAGCUUUUAUGGCGUGGAUCCAGUUGUUUGGAUCGUCCUUGGAAGACGUCGGUCGGCAGCCUCCUUCGACCCUUUUUUUUAGAAUUUUGCCGGAUUUUUUUUUGAACUUUUGUUUCAAUGUUUGAUUGAUUGCUGCAAAUCAAUGGUCUCUUGAAGUAUUGAAGUUUUUUUUAUAUUUUCAUUGCACCUCUGAAAAUUCAGUUAUUCAGUUUUUCUGAACUUUUUGUUUAUGAGAAGUUCUGAGCUUUUUGUUUAUAAGGGUAUAAAUAAUCAGGAAAGCUAAUUUGAAUUUUUAGUUUUAGUCCGGUUGUAAUACCUCGUAGAAAAUGUCAGGUAGUAUAACGUUAGUAACUAAAUACCUCUCCGGUAGUGUCCAGGUACCGUUUCAAUGGCAUCUCGAUUAGCUUGCGACGAUGAAUGAUUUCGAAGUAGCUCCUCGGUAUCUGCUUGUGUUCUCCUCCCGAUACGACCUAUGAGAAGUUUCCACAUUCAGAACGUCGGGAAUGCUUGCCGAGGCCGUCGUUUUGAUGGCGGCGGUCGGCGUUGCUUCCGCCGACUUUACGCCUCACUUUCGCAAGUUUUUGCACGACAGCUAUGGGAUCCCGAUAACGACCUCAUUGGAAAGGACGGACCUCGGCAUGGAUUCGUCUUUCGGUGGAAAGGUUCGAAGUUAAGACAAUAUUUUAAAAAAAACCGUUCAGAGGGCUUUCUGAACCAGAAAACUCUUUUCCAGCUCGUUAGGUCUUUUUCUGCGGUUUUAUGGUGUCUAAAAGUUUUCCUGUUUUUCUUCAGAACCUUUUUUAUGAACCUCUAAACGAGACGGUCUUCUUUCUUUGAAGUUCUCUGGGGCCAGCCUUUAAGAACACAGAACUAUUUUCAAUAAUUUUUCAUUGAGUUAUAUUAAUUUUCCGCAGUCUGUCUAACCAUAAGGAGCACGAAAACCAGGAACCUAACACGUUUAGCUCAGGAAUCCGCGACAGAAACGCCUUCGAACCAGGCCGUCAUCAUCGUCCAUGGCAUCACGAAUAAAAUUUCCCGCUUUCAGGUUUGAUUUUCAAUGAACAAAGAUACAUUUUGAGAGAUUUUGCAGGGAACCGUCAAUUAUUUGAAAUCGAAAGGAUACAAGAACUCGGAGGUUUUCGGGACGACCUGGGGCGACGCCGGAACGACGCCUGUCGGUCUAGUCGACCUCAAGUGCAGCUAUGUCAAACAGCUGAGGUUUGAAUCGGUGAUUUGAAAAAGAAGUUUCUGGGCCUUUAAAAAGAGCGCUUAUCAUGGACUCAAAUAUUCUGAAGAAGAUUUUCUUCUUAGAAAAGUUCCUUUACAGAGCGAUGAUCAUCGCCGUCCGGCAGUACACAGGAACUCAAGUUGAUGUCAUCGCCUACUCGAUGGGUGCUCCCUUGGCCAGGAAGGCGAUCCUCGGCGGCCAGUGCGUCGACACUCGCGAGAUUCUCGGUGAAUCUGUGAAUGUAGUCUGUUCGGAUUUUCAAGUCAAAAUGUGAUCUCCACCUCAUUUGCUAUUAACACGAAAUCAGAGAGAUCUAUAGGGAAAGCUCACAAGGUAGUUGAAAGGUCUUUAGAAGGUGAAAAUUUGAAAAUCCCUUCCAGUAGGCUUCUGUCAGGUAGGUCGAAGUUGUCGGCAAACUAUGUAUGAGGCGUUUGACCACUUGCUGGAAAGCCUUUUGAGGAACCGAAAGCAGAAGCUUUCCAAUUUUCACCUAAACAACUGAUAUUCUUCAGGACCCCCAUUGACGGAACUCAUCGAUACGUUUCUUUCUGUGGCCGGCGCCAACCACGGCAGCGCUCUCUGUGUUGUUCCGAUACCUGUUGGCACUUGUAAUCGGUACAAUUUUUCGAUAAUCCCUAACCUGAAAGCGUAAAGAGCCUACUGAGUUUUGAACUGAAAUAACACGGAAAAGCCCUUCAAAAGAUUCUUUUUCAGGCGCACGGGACUCCACUGCGACUCCGCUUUCCUACAAGACAUCAACAGUCAGCAGCAUUACGAGGGAACCCACAUCUUCAGCAUUUUCUCGACGGCUGAUGAGAAGGUGAGAUUGUAUGAUGCUAAUACUUACUUAGAUACUUAGAUGGUCCAUCUUCGCUUUCGACCUUUUAUUGCCUUUUAGUGCCUUUUAUUGAUCGAAGCGUCUUUCUAGAAUCUAAAAAAAAGACUAGAAUUUUAUUUUGAAGUUUUCACAUUAUUUCCAUCUAUUUUUAUCUUCCUCUUCUUCUUACGCCUUUCUACAGCUUGAGCGGCGUCUUCGCCCCAAGUCGAGGAGACAAGAUCCUAGCCUGGUAUCAGUGAUAAUCAGUCCUGGCGCCCGGGGAUUGUGAAGCGGUGGUUCUCCACUUCCAAAAUUUCUUCAAAUUCUUGGUUGGGUGGCGGCGGGGACCGAACUUGCGACCCUCUGGACCGUAGACAGGCAAAAGAUCUGUUGCGCUAUGGCGCACCUAUAUCCUUUUCUUUUUAUCAUUGAAUUAUUCUCAUCCUUCUUUGUUAAAUUAAGUUUAAACAAUUUUUUGAGUUUUAUUUUCAGAUUGGCUUCCGAGCUUGUGGCAAGCCGGUGUCGCCAAUAAAAGGCGGAACUGGAUACGUGAAGAAGGUCGGCCUGAACCACGACCAGUUGAUGGACACCACUUUGCCGCUCCAGAAGAACUUUAUCACGAUCCAUGCUCCCAAAUGA